CCGGGCGGCGGGAGCUCGAAUCCGCGGGGCGCGAGGCGCGCACGGAGAUCCAGGAGAGUCCGGAGCUAGCGAGCCCCCAGACGCGAAGGGAGGCGGGAAGACGCCGGAGCAGCAGCCAAGAUGUGCGGCAUCUUUGCCUACAUGAACUACAGAGUCCCCCGGACAAGAAAGGAGAUUUUUGAAACCCUUAUCAAGGGUCUGCAGCGGCUUGAGUACAGGGGCUACGACUCGGCAGGUGUGGCGAUCGAUGGAAAUAAUCACGAAGUGAAAGAAAGACACAUCCAGCUGGUCAAGAAGAGAGGCAAGGUGAAGGCCCUGGACGAGGAACUGUACAAGCAAGACAGCAUGGACUUAAAGGUGGAGUUUGAGACACAUUUCGGCAUUGCCCACACGCGCUGGGCCACCCACGGGGUCCCCAACGCCGUCAACAGCCACCCACAGCGCUCAGACAAAGGCAACGAAUUUGUUGUCAUCCACAACGGGAUCAUCACGAAUUACAAAGAUCUGAGGAAGUUUCUGGAAAGCAAAGGUUAUGAGUUUGAGUCAGAAACAGACACGGAGACCAUCGCCAAGCUGAUUAAAUAUGUGUUCGACAACAGAGAAACUGAGGACAUUACGUUUUCAACGCUGGUCGAGAGGGUCAUUCAGCAACUGGAAGGGGCAUUCGCGCUGGUUUUCAAGAGCAUCCACUACCCAGGAGAAGCUGUUGCCACAAGGAGAGGCAGCCCACUGCUCAUCGGGGUGCGGAGCAAGUACAAACUCUCCACGGAGCAGAUCCCCAUCCUGUACAGAUCAUGCACGAUUGAGAAUGCAAAGAGCACCUGCAAAGCCAGGACCAGGAGGCUGGACAGCUCCACCUGCCUUCAUGCUGUGGGCGAUAAGGCCGUGGAAUUCUUCUUCGCUUCAGAUGCAAGCGCCAUCAUAGAGCACACCAACCGGGUCAUCUUCCUCGAGGACGACGACAUUGCCGCAGUGGCUGAUGGGAAACUCUCCAUUCACCGGGUCAAGCGCUCGGCUAGUGACGACCCCUCUCGAGCCAUCCAGACCUUGCAGAUGGAACUGCAGCAGAUCAUGAAAGGCAACUUCAGCGCGUUUAUGCAGAAGGAGAUCUUCGAGCAGCCAGAGUCGGUUUUCAACACCAUGAGAGGUCGGGUGAACUUUGAAACCAACACAGUGCUCCUGGGCGGCCUGAAGGACCAUCUGAAGGAGAUUCGCCGCUGCCGCCGGCUCAUAGUGAUUGGCUGUGGGACCAGCUACCAUGCCGCCGUGGCUACGCGGCAAGUGCUGGAGGAACUGACAGAGCUCCCGGUGAUGGUUGAACUUGCCAGUGAUUUUCUGGACAGGAACACACCUGUGUUCAGGGAUGACGUCUGCUUUUUCAUAAGCCAAUCAGGCGAGACUGCGGACACCCUCCUGGCCCUGCGCUACUGCAAGGACCGCCGCGCCCUCACCGUGGGCGUCACCAACACCGUGGGCAGCUCCAUCUCCCGAGAGACCGACUGCGGCGUCCACAUCAACGCAGGCCCGGAGAUCGGCGUGGCCAGCACCAAGGCCUACACCAGCCAGUUCAUCUCCCUGGUGAUGUUUGGUUUGAUGAUGUCAGAAGACCGAAUUUCGCUGCAGAGCCGCCGGCAGGAGAUUAUCCGGGGCCUGAGAGCUUUGCCUGAACUGAUCAAGGAAGUGUUGUCGCUGGAUGAGAAGAUCCACGACCUGGCCCUGGAGCUGUACACACAGAGGUCGCUGCUGGUGAUGGGGCGAGGCUACAACUACGCCACAUGCCUGGAAGGAGCCUUGAAAAUUAAGGAGAUAACCUACAUGCACUCGGAGGGCAUCCUGGCUGGGGAGCUGAAGCAUGGACCCCUGGCGCUCAUUGACAAGCAGAUGCCCGUCAUCAUGCUCAUCAUGAAGGACCCAUGCUUCGCCAAGUGCCAGAACGCACUGCAGCAGGUCACGGCCCGCCAGGGCCGCCCGAUCAUCCUGUGCUCCAGGGACGACACGGAAAGCUCCAAGUUUGCGUAUAAGACGAUCGAGCUGCCCCACACGGUGGACUGCCUGCAGGGCAUCCUCAGCGUGAUCCCGCUGCAGCUGCUGUCCUUCCACCUGGCUGUCCUCCGAGGAUACGACGUCGACUUCCCCAGGAACCUGGCCAAGUCUGUGACCGUGGAAUGAGAACAAGAGCUGGACGAAACCUCGCCAUCUUUAGUCUGAUACAAGCCC